CUGCAGCAACAUCUGACACUGACUUAACAGAUGCUCACCGAUUGCCAAAUAGGUGAUGUGCAGAAUUCCAGAAGCCUGGCCGUGCGGCCUCCAUCUCCAGCUUCGUCUAGCAGACAACCAAGAAUCCCUAGGCAUCAUUUGAGGCUUCGUGAUUUGAAGAUACUAGCUAGGCUAAGGGCUCGUCUUACCAAAGAGGAGCAAGAAGUCAUUUUGCAUCUUCUUGAUAGUACUAUGAAACAGGCAAAACAAUCAAGCAAGAAGAGCAGUGAGGCAGAGGUGAUCCCAAAUAGAAACUCAGAAGCAUCAACGACGAUUGGAACUACUGACAUAGAUACUGAUAUCUCCACUGAGGAAUCUGAUGAUGAGUCCAAAAAUAUGUGA